AUGAAUAUUGUUUUUUAUGAACAUGAAAAUGCUAGAUGGAUACAUUUGUUUUCAGUACCAUGGCCAUCAAAUCGACAAGAUCAACGAAAAGUACCUAUCAUCAAUGGCAAAUAUAAUAUAUCAGUUACAUCCGAUGUUAAAUAUACUCACUAUAUCAAUCACGUUAAUAUUACAACAAAUGAUGAAAUGUUGAAGAUUAAUGAAAAAUUUAAUCGAGUUCGUGAACUUACAACUUGUUUAUCAAUUGAUAGAAAAUUACCACGACACAUAACUAGACUAAUUCUCACUAUCAGUUCAAUGAUGUCUACUUCACAAGAACAUAUUUGUCAUUUAAUUGUUGAACGUCGUUUAACAGAUGAAAAUGAAAUUCAGAAACUUGCUCAUCAAUUUCCUAAUGUAGAAUAUUUAGAAUUAUUAUUUCCAUUUGGAAAAAUCAUCAUUUCUUCUUUGACACGUCGAUCUUAUAUAGAAGCAAAAUAUGUUCAAAAAGCAUUUUUACGUUCAUUACCAGCAUCAAAUCAAAUGCGUUCAUCAACACGUACUAUUAAACGAUGGUCUGUAAUGAAAAGUUCAAUAUCAACAGCUAAUACUGGAAAUGAAAAUGAUGAUGAUACAUCACAUACAUUAAAAGUCAACAAUCGACAAUUAUUAACUAGACGAUUAACAGCACCAUCUGAUAAUGAUACAACAACAGAUAAUCCACCAGCAAUAUGGAAUAUGAAUAUAUAUUUAUAUGAAGGAGCUCGUCAUCGUAAUGUUCCAAUGAUGCUUCAUGCAUUAGCUCUUGGUGCUGAUAAAAAUUUUUUUAAUGAACAUGAUCAUGGACGAACACCAUUAAUUCAAACAAUAUUAAGUAGAUCAAUAGCAGCUGCAGAAUUUCUUUUGACAAAUAAUGCAAAAGUAAAUUUAGCUGAUGAAGAUGGUAGAACACCUCUUCAUUAUGCAACACCAUUAGCAAAUAAAGGACGAGGACCAAUUAUACUUUUACUUAAACGUGGGGCUGAUCCAUUAUUAAAAGAUCAUAAUGGUAUUGAUGCAUGUUCACUUUCCAUGACUAUCGGUGAUCCUGAUGUAAUAACAUGGUAUCGUUUAAUAGCAUUACAUGAACAAAUGAAACAAGAAGAUGCUGAUGCAGAAAAAACUUAUAUAUCAAUAUUAGAUGAUCCUGUGUAUAUGAAAGAAAUAGCAAGGACACCAUCAUUUUCAUGA